AGAAGUGUUUGAAGUGAACUUACAGACCUACUACUGUUAGAGAACCCUGUUAGAGUUUUACAUUGUCUUUCCAGUCCAGAGACAAGCUGGAGUUGGUGUGGUCUGUAUGUGAGGAACAUGGGAACCCUUGUUAAUCUGAUUCGGAUGUAACUGGACAGGUUGUGUGUCACAGAUAUAUGGCAGGUCUUGGCAGUGUGUCUGUGCUCAGAGAGCCGGAACGCCUCAGGACUUCACCAUGCCUUCUCCCAGCAUCCUGACACUGCUCUCUCUCCUGAUGGUGACGGAGGUCUCCAGUGUGAGCAAGACAAACUGCUCCUACACACACCUGAUGGAACACCUGAAUCUUCUGGACACCAACCAGGUUCUGGCUGACGUCCGUCCUGUUGUGAACUGGACGUCCCCCACUGGAGUGAAGAUGGACUUGUAUGUGUACGGCAUUCUGGACGUGGAUGAGAAGUCUCAAACUCUAACUUGUCAGGCAUGGAGCAACACGGGGUGGUUGAACGAGUUCUUAUCCUGGAACGAGAGUGACUUCUGUGGGAUCGACAAGUUGGCCGUGCCCAGGAAGAAGCUGUGGGCUCCGGACAUAUCCAUCCAAGAAGAUAUCUCCAGCACAGACAGCAUCACGAAAGGCCCCUAUGCCAGCUUGUACUCGAACGGCAUUGUGACUGUGAUGGAUUCCUUAAGACUGACGACCGCCUGCAACAUGGACCUGUACAAGUUCCCCUUCGACGCUCAGACCUGCCAAGUGACCGUCACUUCCCUCUCCCACUGCGAUGCAGCGAUAAUGAUCGAUCAGUGGUCCACGUCCGAGUUCCUGAACCAGUUUUCUCGUCAGGUAUUGAACAACAAGGGAGAAUGGAGUCUGGUGAGCAUCAACACCACUAAGGAAAAGAAGAUCUACCAGAAGCGUUCCUGGGACAAACUCAUAUUCAAGAUAACAAUUAAAAGGAGCCCGAUGUUAUACGUGGGGAACUUCCUGAUUCCUCUAUUGUACUUCCUGGUUCUGGACUUGGCCUCCUUCUUCAUCAACCAGGCCAGGGGAGAGAAGCUGAGCUUCAAGAUCACCAUCCUGCUCUCCAUCUCUGUUCUGCUGCUCAUCUUCAACGACAUCCUGCCCUCCACCGGCGACAAGCUGCCACUCAUAGCCUCCUACUGCAUUGUGGUGUUCACCUUGGUGGGCCUCAACCUGCUGGUGACCAUGCUGGUGGGUUUCCUGAUGGACCUGGAAAGGAAGGAAGGCUGGGAUCUCCAGACCCACGCCAGCGUCCAAUCAAGUCCUCCAGAGAACGAGGCUGAGAAGGGGGUGCCGGCGGAGGCCAGCCCAGAGCAGAAGGCUCCAGGCGGGGGGACGCAGGGGCUGAGUGACUCCCGAUUCCUCCAGCUGGCUCUGGAGGAGGUCUGGAGGAUCAGACUAGAGGUGGCCUCUGCUGCGGGGGCAGGAGACCACAGGAAGACGGGGUACUGGGAGAGAGUGGCCAGGCGCAUAGAUACGGCCUACUUCUGCAUUUAUAUCAUUUUCAUUAUUGUGUUCCACGGUUUUCUCUGUAUCACAUGGAUCCAAUAACUACAUUAUGGGCUUGAAAUGAAAUAUACACGUAUAUGUAUUCUUAUAUAUACACCCAUAUAAGUGUAAGUGUGUGUAAAAAAAAUACAUCUUUGUGUGUGAAUUUGUGAUGAUCGUUUACAAGAAAUUAGAAAAACAUUUGAAUAAAA